AUGGCAGAUUUGGAAGCUGUUUUGGCGGAUGUUUCAUAUCUUAUGGCUAUGGAAAAAUCUCGUAGUCAACCAGCAGCAAGAGCUAGUAAAAAAAUAAUUCUUCCAGAUCCAUCUGUACGUAGCAUUAUGCAAAAAUAUCUUGAAAAGACGGGUGAAAUACGCUUUGAGAAGAUUUUUAAUCAAAAAUUAGGAUUUUUAUUAUUAAAGGAUUUUGCAGAGAAUGUUUCAGAUAAUGCUUGCCCUCAAAUAAAAUUUUAUGAAGCAAUUAAGGAAUAUGAAAAAAUGGAGACUGUUGAAGAAAGAUUAGGAAAGGCAAGAGAAAUAUAUGAUCAUAAUAUAAUGGUUGAAAUGUUAGCACAUUCUCAUAAUUAUUCAAAAGAAUCUUUACAAGUUGUACAAAGAAAUUUGAUGAAAAAUAAUGUUCCACCAGAUUUAUUUCAACCAUAUGUUGUUGAAAUUUGCAGUCAAUUAAAAACUGAUGUAUUCCCAAAAUUUUUAGAAUCAGAUAAAUUUACAAGAUUCUGUCAAUGGAAAAAUCUUGAAUUAAAUAUGCAAUUAUCAAUGAAUGAUUUUUCUGUUCAUCGAAUUAUUGGUAGAGGAGGAUUUGGUGAAGUUUAUGGGUGUAGGAAAGCAGAUACUGGAAAAAUGUAUGCUAUGAAAUGUUUAGAUAAGAAACGUAUAAAAUUAAAACAAGGUGAAACUUUAGCUUUAAAUGAAAGAAUAAUGUUAAGUCUUGUUUCAACAGGGCAAGAUUGUCCUUUUAUUGUAUGUAUGACAUAUGCUUUUCAAACAUCUGAUAAAUUAUGUUUUAUAUUAGAUUUAAUGAAUGGUGGAGAUUUACAUUAUCAUUUAUCACAACAUGGAUUAGAACAUAUGCAUAGUAGAAGUGUUGUUUACAGAGAUUUAAAGCCUGCUAACAUAUUAUUAGAUGAGAAUGGGCAUGUUAAAAUAUCCGAUUUAGGAUUAGCAUGUGACUUUUCAAAGAAAAAACCUCAUGCUAGUGUUGGUACUCAUGGAUAUCUUGGACCAGAAGUGUUAGCAAAAGGUGUUGCCUAUGACAGCUCUGCUGAUUGGUUUUCUUUUGGAUGUACUUUAUAUAAAUUACUUAAAGGACAUUCACCAUUUAGACAACAUCAAAAAAAUAAUAAACAAGAUAAAAAUGAAGUUGAUAGAAUAACAAUGACACAAGAUAUUGAAUUACCAGACCAAGGAUUUACACCAGAAUGUCGUGAUAUAUUAGAAGGUCUUUUAAAAAGAAAUGUUGAUGAAAGAUUAGGAUGUAAAGGAAAAGGUGCAUAUGAAUUAAAAACACAUCCAUUUUUUAAAGAUAUAGAUUGGCAAGUUGUAUUUUUAAGAAGAUUAACACCACCAUUAAUUCCACCAAGAGGAGAAGUUAAUGCUGCAGAUGCUUUUGAUAUUGGUAAUUUUGAUGAUGAUGAAGUUAAAGGUGUUAAAUUAACUGAAGCAGAUAAUGAAUUAUAUAAAAAUUUUAAUAUAAUUAUAAGUGAAAGAUGGCAACAAGAAAUUGCUGAAACAGUAUUUGAUGUUGUUAAUCAAGAUGCAGAUAAAUUAGAAAGUAAACGAAAAUCUAAACAAAAAUCAAGAAUGAAUAUUGAAGAAAAAGAUUCUGAUGUUAUUGUACAUGGAUAUAUUAAAAGACUUGGUGGACCAUUUACUUCAGCAUGGCAAACAAAAUAUGGUAAAUUAUAUCCUUCACGUUUAGAAUUACAUCCAGAAUCAUUAGGUGGAAAACCUGAUUUAGUAUUUAUGGAUCAAAUAGAUGAAUUAGUUCCUGAAUUACAAACAGUAAAAGGUGAAAAUUGUAUAAUAAUAAAAUUAAAAGAAGGAUUUAAAGAAACAAAAGUUAUAUUAACUAAUCAAGAUGAAAUAUCAUUAAAAGAAUGGCAUACAUCAUUAAGAACAGCACAUCGUGUAUCUCAGGAACUUCUUCAAAGAAUGGGAAGAAAAGCAAUUAAAAUUUAUGGUGUAAAUCAUGAUCCUAUGCUUCAAGAACAAGAAAGAUCUACUAGUGUUACUAGAGCUUUAUUAAAUAGAGCAACAUCUGUUGAUUCAGGAAUUUAA